GAAGCGAAGCAUCUUCGCCUAAUCCAAAAGAGCGCGUGCUUCCCUGUCUCGCUCGCCAAGGAGAUGGACGCCAUGGCCGCGCUCGCCAGAACGGGCCCUUCUCCCCUCGCCGCCACCGGCCACCGGAGCUCCGCCUCGCUCUGCCCGGCGGCGUCCCUCUCCUUCCCCGCCGCUUCCUCCAGGGGCCGCGGCCGCGUCGGGCUGAGCGCGGCGGCGUGGAGCGGGAGGGCCGCCAGGGUGGCUCGCGGCGUCCCCAACAACCGCAUCGUCGCCUCCUCGGAAAUUGAGCAGUCAUACAUUAUGAUCAAACCUGACGGUGUUCAGCGUGGUCUGGUUGGAGAGAUUAUUUCUCGCUUCGAGAAGAAGGGAUUUUUGCUGAAGGGGUUAAAGCUUUUUCAGUGCCCUAAGGAGUUGGCUCAGGAGCACUACAAGGAUCUGAACGAGAGACCUUUCUUUCCCAAACUGAUAGAGUACAUAACUUCUGGUCCUGUAGUUUGCAUGGCCUGGGAGGGUGCAGGUGUUGUUGCAUCGGCUCGCAAACUGAUAGGAGCUACUAACCCCCUUCAAGCUGAACCAGGGACCAUAAGAGGUGAUCUUGCAGUUCAAACAGGAAGGAAUGUUAUCCAUGGAAGUGACAGCCCUGAUAAUGGCAAGCGUGAAAUCGCGCUAUGGUUCAAAGAAGGCGAGCUCGCUCAGUGGGAAUCAGUUCAAUCACCCUGGCUUAUAGAGUGAUGCUGGCACAUCAAUGCAUGAGCCUGACACCGGUGCUUACUUGGCCAACUUUGUUCUGCGGGGCCAUGUAUGAGUUUACUUCUGUCCAGUAUAGUAGCCUGUCAAGGCUCCAAAAUUUUCACCAUAGUCCAGAUGUAUGUUCUUUCUACGGUUGUUUGUUAUAUUGAGCUGGUCUGGAACUCUAACCUUUUUGGUAAUUAUUAAUUCUUGUUGAGAAUUUUCUUGUAUUCACAUGUUAAUAUUUGGAUCAAGAAUCAAGGCAAUAAAACACCAAGGCAUCGAAAACA